CUAUUUAAAACCCCAGGGUAAGCUUAUCAUCUCGGCACGUAAACAAAUUCACCAGAGAGCAUAUUAUACAAUAAUACCUUUUGUAGGGAGAAGAAAGAAGAAAUGGCGCAAGGCGGUGGCGUCGCCAGAGUGAUCGUGGAUUCAAGGUUCUGUGUUCCGGACCCCGUGGAUCUGGCGAUGGUGCGGGAUAAAAUUGAGUUCAAGCACGGUAACUUCGAUAUAAAGGACGUUAAAGGGAACAUACUGUUCCAGGUGAAGAAGCCGGGUUUUUUGAGCAGUAAGAUGAUCUUCUUGGAUGGUUCUGGAUCUCCGCUCUAGACUAUGAAACAGAAGUCGAUGACCUUGCAUGAGAGGUGGAAAGUAUAUAGAGGAGUGAGUACGGAAGAGUGUGAUUUUCUGUACACGGUGAAGAAAUCGAAGGUAGUUCAGUUUACGACGAAACUUGAAGUGUUUUUGGGUCACAACAAUGAAGAGCAGAUAUGCGAUUUCCGAGUCAACGUGACGAAGCGUUUCGAACACUCUUGUGUCGUCUACGCUGGUGAAUCUGACAACAUUGUUGCCCAAAUGCAGCACAACAAGCACACGCGGCAGACAGCUUCAUCGGGACUGGACAAUUUCUCGGUGACAGUUAAUCCAAACGUCGAUUAUGCCUUCGUUACCUCUCUCUUAGUCCUUUUCGAUGUUAUUAACCGACAGGAUCCGCCCGGUAAAGGCGACACUGGUGAGAUGAACGAGGUUGCACACGGUGCAACCCAUCUUGUACACGGUUUACACAUGUUACUUCACUGAUGGAUUUUAAAUGAGUUUACAGCCAACCAAACUCUAUUGUUAUUCAGUUAGUGAUUCUAAAUUAUGUUUUAAAGUUCAGUGCUAUUUGAUCUUAUAUUUAUAAGUCAUGCAUCAUUGAUUUUAUAAUCUAAUGUUGUUUACAUAA